AUGUUAGCACAUUCUGAAUUUGCUGAUAUUUUAAUAGAACAAUCUAAAUUAUUUCAUCAAUUAUAUCAUGAGAAUUUAAUGAAAAUGACAGCAAAAUUAGAUGAUUUUCAAAGAAUUCGUACAUUAGGACGCGGUGGUUUUGGUCAUGUUCUAUUAGUACGUCAUAUUUAUACUGAUAAAUAUUUUGCAUUAAAAAUUUUAUCUAAAAUACAAGUUAUUAAAAAUCAUCAAAUUCAUAAUGCAAUUAAUGAAAAACGUAUAUUAGCUGCAUGUAAUUUUACAUUUAUUAUACCAUUAUAUUAUAGUUUUAAAGAUAAUAGUAAUUUAUAUCUGGUUAUGGAAUAUGCAAUAGGUGGUGAUUUAUUUACAUUAUUACGUAAUAUGAAACAAUUCCCUAAUGAAAUGGUUAAAUUCUAUGGUGCUCAAGUGAUAUUAGCAUUUGAAUAUUUACAUUAUUUAACAAUAGUUUAUCGUGAUUUAAAACCAGAAAAUCUUUUAAUUCAUUCUAAUGGUUUUAUUAAAUUAACUGAUUUAGGUUUUGCUAAAUUAUUACCUAAACAUAAACGUACAUGGACAUUAUGUGGUACACCAGAUUAUAUGGCACCAGAAAUUAUAUUAAAUAAAGGUUAUCAUCAUUCGGUUGAUUGGUGGGCAUUUGGUAUAUUAUUAUAUGAAAUGACUACUGGUUAUCCACCAUUUAUGCAUUAUGAUCAAAUGAAAACAUUUGAAUUAAUUAUUAUUGGUGAUAUUAAAUUUACAAAUCAUUUUAAUCCAUUAUUAAAAGAUUUAAUUAUCAAUUUAAUACAAAUUGAUUUAAGUCGACGUUAUGGUAAUUUAAAAAAUGGUAUCCAUGAUAUUAAAAAUCAUGAUUAUUUUAAAGAUUUAAAUUGGUUACAAUUAUAUCAAUUGAAUAUUGAACCACCUUAUAAACCAUUAUAUAAUAAUAAUAGUUUACAAGAUAUAAAUCAUUUUGAUUAUGAUAAUGAAAUAAAUUUCAAUAUUGCUGAAAAAGAACAAUUUGAAAAUAGUUUUGAUGAUUUUUGA